UGUUGUAGUAAGAUCAUCUCAAAAUGGAAAGGAUGAUGUUUUCCAUUCUCUUAGUGAUUUUUAUUUCAAUUUCACAAGCUAGGACAGAUUCCUUGUUAACUGGUACUUAUGAUCCGAACUCUACGUCUUUGAUCAAUGAUAGGCGUGACAUCAGGGAAAUCGAUGUUCUUCGACAGAUCAUCAACCAGGAAACUCUCAUCCGUUUAGCCGUGGUCAAGGAUGUAAAGGCAAUAGUGGACGACGUAAGUUCCGUAAAGCGAAGCAUGGCGUCUUCAGAAACGAUGGUCUACACUCUACAGCAGACAGUCGAAAGAUUACAAAAACAGAUCGAUUCUCUAAGUCAGAACAACACCUUACAGCAGAAUCUUGAAAGAUUACAAAGACAGGUUGAUUCUCUAAGUCAGGACAACUCUUUACAGCGGAAGGUAGAAGCAUUACAAAGACAAGUUGAUAAUCUAAGUAAGAACAAUACUUUAGUACAGACGGUAGAAACAUUAGAAAGUCAGGUUAAUUCGUUAAGAAAGGACAACGCUUUACAGCAGAAGGUAGACUCCACAAAACGGCGUGUUGAUUCUCUCAGUAAAGAAAACGAAAGGAUUACCGUGAAUCAAAAUAAGAUUCAGGAAUUCGAUCAGAUGUUUAAAAUUUUCAAGGAAAAUAUAACCGACAUCCAUGAAGAUGUUCAAAUUGUCAAAAAAGUUUUAAAAGUACAUACGGAUUGUAAGGACAUCUAUCAAAACAGAUAUACACAGUCUGGUGUAUAUCCAAUAAAUCCCUUUGGUAACGAGAAUCAGGUGAACGUGUACUGUGACAUGGAGACUGAAGGCGGAGGGUGGACAGCAAUCCAGAAACGAAGGGGCGGAUCAGUGACAUUCAACAAAACGUGGGCGGAAUAUAAAAGAGGUUUUGGGAAUCCUAGUGACACUUACUGGAUUGGAAAUGACGUGAUUCACCAGCUUACAAAGGGAAAUAACUCAUCAUUCUACGUCUCUAUAACAUUAAGAAAUGGCAGCAGUUUCCAUGAACUAUAUCAUCAGUUUUCUGUUUCUGAUGAAUCAGACAAAUACAGACUCUUUCUUGGGGGACCAGCUAUAGGAACCUUGGGUGACAGAAUGUUAAGCACCAAUACUUAUGGCGCUGACCUGUCAGGGAUGUACUUCAGUACACCGGACAGAGAUAACGACAGGAAUAGUAAAUAUAACUGUGCUGUUGUUUACGGAGGAGGAGGAGGUUGGUGGUAUAACUCCUGUCACCAGGCCUACCUCAACGGUCCGUGGUCACCGGGAUACUGGUUCCAUCCUUGGUCUCCGCUAGUUAAGGAUGGUAGCGAGGUAAUGGAGACUCUAAUGAUGAUAAAACCUCACUGACUGUGUUACUGAUGAUAAAAUCUAAGUGACUGUGUUACAUGAUGAUUAAAAAAGUCAUUGUCUACAUAUCUUAUUCAUUGAAAAUGUAUAUUGACGAUUUUUCAUUCAAUCUAUUGUAUAGUUAUUUAUACAUGUACAUACAAAGUCAAAUACUUUUGAUAAAUGAUCAUGUCAUUAUUUUA